AUGGCUAUUGACGUGAUAUCGUACCUUGUCCGCUGUGUGGAGAUCUGCGGACAUCCUCCAGCCUGGAAGUUUGAUUCGAGCCUGGAUAAAACAGAACACGUUUUGGGGAAAAACGUUACGCCAAUGCUAUGGAUGCGCUACUCAGUUUGGCGCUCCUAUUUGGUCUGUUUGGGACAAGGCCUCUUGUCUGAGAAAGUAGACUUCUCUGGCACAGAGUGUGAGACGGAAAAUUGGCAGUUUCUCCAGCAUCUGAGUUAUUGGGUUCUGGAUGGAAUGCGAACGGUGUUCUGCGAAAUUGAAUUCAAGUGCACCAUGUUGACUGAUGAUGAUGACGACGAUGAUAGUACUGCAGUGAAGCAACACUUCGCCGCAGGCUUUCAAUUAAAUUAUGGUUGUACGGCAGCGAAGCAUGCUGUCGAUGAUAUUGAUGAUGAUGAUGAUGAUGAUGAUGAUGAUGAUGAUGAUGAUGACGAUGAUGAUAUUGAUGAUGAUGUUGAUGAUGAUUUUGAUGAUUAUUUUGAUCAUGAUCAUGAUGAUGAUCAUGAUGAUGAUGAGGUUGAUAUUGUCGAUCAGGACUCUACCCACACUAUCCGAAUGUACCAGAGAUGGCGUCAUCCAGGCGGUCAUGUUGAACUGAAACCUGUAACCACCGCUAAGGCCUCGUGGCCUCAUGCUGUUGCGAUCAUGUGCAGAGUCACGGAAGGCAAGAUUCUUGAAGGACGGAUCGUAGCACAGUGCUGCGUUGAGGACUGUGUAGGCGGACGAGCGAAACCUCGAAGAUAA